ACCCAACAGCACCCCCCCCCCCCCCCCCAAUUGCCCUGUCAAAAUCUCUUCCUGAAUCCUUCCUAUCCAUGGAGCACCAAUUUGCAUCUACAAUUUUAGUCACCAUUCUGGUCACCAGCAUUAGCUACGUGAUAUUGUGGAUAUGGAAGAAAUCAAAAGUCAGAAACUCAAAUCUGAAUCUGCCACCAGUUCCUUCACAGCUACCUCUAAUCGGAAACAUGCACAAUUUAGUUGGCUCUUUACCUCAUCACCGCUUCCGAGAUAUGGCCAAGAAAUAUGGACCUGUUAUGCACCUCCGACUCGGUGAAGUUACUCAUGUUCUUAUCUCUUCAGCUGAAACUGCUAAAGAAGUGAUGAAGACCCAUGAUCUCAUUUUUGCUCAAAGGCCAGCUCCGAUUGCGGCGAAAAUUCUAAGCUAUAAUUGCAUGGAUAUUGCAUUUGCACCAUAUGGAGAUUACUGGAGGAUGCUGCGAAAAUUGUGCGUAUUGGAACUGCUAAGUGCUAAACGUGUGCGAUCUUUCAGAUCAAUCAGGGAAGAAGAGGUAUGGAGGGUUGUUAGAUCUAUUUCUUCUAGUGCAUGGUCUCCUGUCAAUUUCAGCAGAAUGAUAAGUUCUCUUACAUAUUGCAUCACUUCAAGAGCAGCCUUUGGUAAGAUAUGCAAGGGAGAGGAUGUGUUCAUACCAGCUGUCAAGGAAGCUAAUAAGGCAGCAGGAGGUUAUAGCCUUGCUGAUUUAUAUCCUUCAAUUAAGUUGCUCUCUGUGAUCAGUGGGAUGAGACUUACCCUCGAGAAGAUUCAUGCGCGAUUGGAUAAGAUCUUGCAAGAGAUCAUCAAUGAACAUAGGUCUAAGAAGGAGAUGGCCGCAAAAACAGGCGCUGAUGAAGAAGAGCAUGACCUUGUCGAUGUUCUUUUAGGUAUUCAGGACCAAGGAGACACUGAAUUUUCAUUGACCGACAACAACAUCAAAGCAAUCAUCCUGGACCUGUUCGUUGCUGGCACUGACACAUCGUCUACUACGGUAGUAUGGGCAAUGUCGGAAAUGGUAAAACAUCCAAGAGUAAUGAAAAAGGCACAAGAAGAGGUGAGGCAAGUAUUUGGUGAUAAAGGAACUGUUGAUGAAGCAGGCCUUCAUGAAUUAAACUACUUAAAGUUGGCCAUCAAAGAAACUUUCAGAUUACACCCUCCAGUUCCUCUGCUACUUCCAAGAGAAAGUAGAGAGGAUUGCAAGAUAAAUGGUUAUGACAUACCUAUCAAAUCCAAAGUCAUUGUGAACGUAAGUGCGAUCGGAAGGGACCCAACUUAUUGGAAUGAACCUGAGAGAUUUUAUCCAGAGAGGUUCCUUGAUAAUUCAAUUGAAUACAAGGGAACCGACUUCGAACUCCUCCCAUUUGGUGCUGGAAGAAAGAUGUGCCCUGGAAUCUUGUUUGGUACGGUUAAUGUGGAGCUUCCACUAGCACAAUUGCUAUUCCAUUUUGAUUGGAAUCUCCCCAAGGGACCGAAACCAGAAGACCUGGACAUGUCCGAGGUUUUUGGAGCAGUAGUAACAAGGAAGAAUGAUCUCUGCUUAAUUCCAAUUCCACACCAUCCUCUACCUGGAAAUUAAAGCUUCAGAAGAUCCAUGAAAUGUACUGUUUUUAGUUUCUAGACAUCCUCUAUUCUCUGGUUGGUAUUUAUAAGUUUUUUCUAAGUAAA